AUGGCCGGGGUGCAGAGCAACAUUCGGUCCUUCAUUGCGCCGAUCAAAGGAUCUGGUCGAACCGCCCCGGCAUUGCUCGAGGAUUUAACACUCUACGAACCAUGGCGAGACUCCGAAGACCUUCCGAACCUGCUGGCUGAUUCGCCUCUCAAGUUCAGUCAAGCACCCUAUCUGGCAGACUUCCUACCUCUUGAGAGCUGCAGGCAUAAAUUUGGUUUGAAGCCGAGACAAUCUGAUCCCCCUGCAUUGGAUGAGAAACCCGGGCCACAGACAAUAUGGACUGUCGCAGCAUUCUGUCAGGUUUGCCGCGUCCAUCUUCACGUCAAGGUCGAUUACACCAUCAGAUUCGAUGACGGUCCCUGCCCAACUGUCGAGCAUCCUCUGCAUCACCUGGUGAGGUCAGACUUUCAAGAGCCGUUGGAGAGGAAUGCGUGGCUGCGCAAGAAUCCGAACUCUCAAGAUGAGAUAUACACCUACAAAUGCUCUUCCCCUACCUGUUCGGCCGUCGUUACCGUACGAUAUAGCCCCCCGGUCCUGCGCCCCAGCGACAUCCACACGCUGAUCGAUCCCGCGCUGCUUCGCCAGAGAACAGAAGAUGCUUUCCGGGAGCGGGAAGGCCAUACGGAGGGGAUGCGACACCCAGGGCCAAUGGAUGUCCUGUUGGAUCUUCGAGCAUAUCUGAGAAACUCCUGGCGUGCAAGAGACGAUGCAAAGUACAGGUCAAUCAAUCUCUCAAACCGGAGAUUCAUUGUCCGAUUUGGACCAGAGGGAAAUGCUUGCAAGGAGGUCCUGGAGCAUCUCGGCUUCCAGCUUGUGCCUGGGGAUUGCUGGAUGGUCCCAGAACCCAAUUUCGAAGAAAAUCUACCAUACCAGAGUCCCGUCAAUAUCUGGCUAGACAAUGCCGAGCACGAGUUGACUGCUCUCCUUCUAUCGCGUCCCUACGAAGAGCGGCAGCAAUUGCAAGAUGUCACCCCUCCUCUUCCUGCCGAAAGGGAGCUUUCACGGGCCCUUGGGUGUCAGGACUGUGCGUCGCCUACCUGCAUCUGCGCAUACCCUUUCCUUUACCUCGCGAGGCAGGCUAACGUGGAGGUAGUCCUUUCACUGCGCUCGGUUGCCCUAUGGAUUUGUCGGACCAACUCGUCGCCAAAGCCUACCACUGGCAAGUGCAAGCAGAUCGCCAAAAUUCACACGUCUACCUCAGUAACCUCAAGUACAUUGGAAAUCAACGCCAGAUAUGAUGCGGAGAUGUUGGAAGAAGCAUACAAAGCCUUCCAUCUCAGCGGAUCUGGGGGUCCGGUCAGUGACGAACACAUUAUCGGCUCAUUCACAGCUCAACUGGCAGAUUCACCAAGCCACGAACACCAACUCAGAGAUUAUCUCCGCAUCAUCGGAGUUCAUCGUGACAGUAAACGCAUCAUGGACACCGCAAUGAAUAUUAUUGACAGCUACGAGUCUGCGCUCGCCUUCCUAGAUGCCGAUCCCACCAUCGAAGACGAGCACAUACAAGCUUUGUUUGCCGUCAAGACAAAUGACAACAAGGCUUUAGAAGAGCAAGCCAUCCAAGCCGUUCGCGUAAUUGCCCAACACCGCAAAAGCCGGUUUCUGUCCAAGUGGAUCGAUUCAGGAUUUUCAAACGAUACUCACAACCAAAUGGAGCCUGCCGAAGGUUACCAAGCCCUCCAGAUCGAUAAUCGCGAGAUCGAUGAUGAGAUGAUCCUGUAUCAAUAUAAUAUAGCCGUCGAAGAAAAUCCUGGCAGUGUGGAAUACUACAACAGAGCGCUCGCCGCGAUCGCCAAAGGUCGGAACAGCUCAAUCUUAUUGGACCAUCUACACAGCAGGGCCCCUCAAGAACCGCAGGGCAAGCCAGAAGAACCUGUUGGACUGGAAAAUAUUGGGAACACCUGCUAUUUGAACAGCUUGUUGCAGUUCCUGUUUACGAUGAAUGAGGUGCGACAGUUGGUUCUCAACUUUGAUGAUUACAAGAUGCCCUUGGAUGAGAAGAGCAUGGAGCAAAAGCGCGUUGGCCAGCGAAAAGUGAGCGUCAAGGAGGUCCAAACUGCACAGAAAUUUGUCGCCAGCCUAGCGUCUCUGUUCCGUGGCAUGAUACAAACACCCCGUUCAUCCAUCAAGCCGGAGCAGGAGCUUGCGCGAUUGACUCUGGAGACCGAAAGUGUCAAAGAAAAGAUGCGACGAAGGUCCACCCUAAAGUCGAACGAGCGCCCCAGCUUAGGCUCGAUCGGUACGCUGCCUGUUUCGGUUUCUUCUCCUGUGAUUGACUCUGAAGCGAAUGGGAUCGCGGAAACGAUAAUUAUACAACCCAAACGCGACACGAAUGCCACCAACAUCGACCUACUACAGGAUGUUGACGCUUCGAAGUUGGAUGCGACGGAGGACACAAGUCCUGGCCAGCACAACGUUGAUGACCCCGCAACGAAUGACAGUGCCAGUGAUGUCACUCUGGUGUCCGCUUCUGACAGCGACGGGAAUGCGUUAGUGGAACGAAACGAACAUGUGUCAAUGUCAGACAACAAGGAGAACGUGUCACCGCCUAAGCCUACACCAAACACGGUAGCCCUAUCUCCUUGGACUGGGCAGCCUCUUACGACAGUAAUAUCGAGAGAUACCGAUGAGAAAGUGUCCAGCAUAAAUCCCGAAUUGUUGAAGUAUGCGCCACCUCCUGGGAAGCCACCGCCGGUACCUCCACGGAAACCCAUGCAGAAUACCACAACCACCUUGGAAGAGUAUGCGCGUCAACAAGAUGUCACUGAGGUCAUGAAUCACUGUAUCAUUCAGUUAUCUUAUGCCAUGCGACCUACCGGUUUCGACAAGUCGGGAGAGCAACGCGACGAAGUACAUGAUUUGUUCUUCGGGCAGCAGGUUGUCCACAGCAAACCGGAAAAAGAAGCACCAAUGGUCUUACCUUUUUUGAAUAUCAUCACGCGAGUGUUCCACCGACCUGCUGAUGUAUACGCUGCGAUCGACAAUGAGUUCGAUCUCCAAGACGCACAAGAUGGCGCAAAGGCGUAUUCGGCCAUCUCCAGUCUGCCGCCGGUUUUGAGCAUUGCCCUGGACCGGGUGUCUUGGAAUAACGAGACGAAACGUCAGGAGAAACUGAAUUAUCAUGUCGACAUCCCGGAAACCAUCUACAUGGAUAGAUACUUGGAAAGUUCACCUGGCUCUGAUUUGAUGCAAAGACGACAGCAGACGUGGGAGAUUAAGAAAGAAUUGGCAUUACUCGUCGCCCGGAGAGAUGAGCUUGAGGAAAAAUAUGGCAAAUCUACAGAUGUCCCUAGCCUUCUCGAAGACGCAAAAGCUAUCCUGGAGUAUCUGGCUGAAGUACCUGGAGAUCAGGUAUCAGGCGAACUGGAUGUGAAUGCAAACGCCAUCACUACUCUCAGUAUUUUGGCCGCAAAUGCUCGUUCUGAGCUCGAACAAAUUCGCUCUCGCAUAUCCCAACUCUCUCAACAAAUCAAAGAAUCCUUCGUUGACAUGCGCAAACACCCUUACCGCCUGCACGCAGCGUUCUUCCACCGCGGUUCCGCUGGUGGAGGCCACUACUGGGUAUACAUAUUCGACCACAAGAGAGAGGUGUGGCGGAAAUACAAUGACGAUCGGGUCUCUACCGUCACCAAUCUGAACGAGAUUUUUGGAAAUCCAUACGCACAAACCCAAGUCCAAGGUCAACAACAACCAGCCACCAGCAGUGGCCUGAAUCCGCCUCCGAAUCCGUAUCUUUUGAUCUAUCUGGACGCAGACCGGAUUGACGAGCUAGCGGAGACUGUCAAGCGAGAGAUUGCGUAUCCGCCACCCGACGGCCCUCCCCCACACUCGUAUCAAAGAGACAACCAGCCUCAAAGCCAGAUGACAGCCAUGCCACCCACCCAAAGAUUGGACAAUGGCGGAGACGUGACUAUGCUGGAGUAUGCCAAUGGUGGUGAGCAGGCCCAACCCUCACAACCAGAGCCUUCCGCCGCCGGCGACGCCUCCCUGCCAAAGGGCCCGAGCGUGCGGAAGGAAGGAAGUUGGGACAACAGCCAGCUGAUGAUGACGGACAGGAAGAUUGACUGGUAA